GCGGACACUUCUACUACCAUAGUCGUAUAUGUUCAUAAGACUAACUUAAUCACACAACAUAGUAUUUCUUUCUAGCCCUUGCAUUCACAACAUAGCUUUGGUUGACUCGAAAGAGAAGCUGCAACUAGCAUGGCUUCUGACACACAACUAAAGGACUCCUCCAUUUUCCAAAAGAUCACACGGGCUGCUCAUACAUGGAAGCGAGAAUCAAGCCUGCUGCAGCUUGCCACGUCCUUCCUGGCAAAGCCUCCUCCGUCGAUGCAGAUGGCAAAUGCUCGCCGGCAUACAGUAUGGCUGUUCGACAACACUGCUUAUCAGCUGACGUCUCCCGGCACAUCAAAGCCAGGGCCAUGGCGCGCAGAAGUCGUCGCCUGCGUCUUUCGGAGGAAUAGUCGAAGGGACAUCACGAAACUUGUUGCCACGGUUGCAGAUCUUAUUGGACUGGAUGGGGAAAUCGGCACGGAUAAGGAGACGCGUCGCCGGAUAGCAGAACGACUUCAACCCUUCUUGUAUCACACGACAGCCGCUCACUUGAUGACUCUGGAAACACCCCUUUCAAACAGCUUCAUCCAGAUGCAGCAGAUCGGGCCCACGGAUGAUAGUGGCAUCAGCAGUCAAACUAUUGGUGCGGACAGUCGGCAUAUCGCAGACGGGGCUAAGAUCCGGUCCUACCUUCGAGGCUGGGGAGGCAAGGUUUUCAUGGACACCAUCUUUGCUAGCCCCGAGGGAUGGCUUGUCAUUUCAGACAUCGACGACACCAUCAAGUACACCAAAACCUCCGAGUCGACAGGAAUUCUCCGGACCACUUUCGUCGAAGAACCGAGGCCCAUAGCCGGGAUGCCUCAGCUAUAUGCUCAUAUGCAGAAUGAGCUUGUGCCUGGAUGGUUUUACGUUUCGGCAUCCCCAUACAACCUGUACCCAUUUCUGCACGGGUUCAUUGGCUCGUAUUUCAGCCCUGGCACGAUGAUACUUCGAGACACUUCCUGGUUAGACUUUAGCGAGCUGGUGAAGUCCUUCACUGUAAAUACCGGCGAAUACAAAGUGGACCGCGUCGAAAAGAUCCAUGGAUGGUUUCCGCACCGACGGGUGGUGUGCAUCGGGGACUCGACCCAGGAAGACCCCGAAGCUUACGCAGAACUCUAUAAGAGGCAUCCGGAUUGGAUCCAAGCCAUUUGGAUCAGAAAGGUUAUCGACGUCCCGCAUUUGCACGAAAAGAAUUCUCCGCAGAGGUUCCAAGACGCCUUCGCGGGCGUGCCCGAGCAUAUCUGGCGGCCCGCAAAGCCUCAGUCGGCCACGAUGGACGAGCAGACGUUCGUACCGCCAGCAAUGCGGGCCAUCUACUAUUCCCCGGCAUCGACCGCGAUCACCGACCUCACGGCCUUGGACGCCCCCCGGGUCGACUCCGAAGUCAAGUUCGAUUCCGACUUCCAAGUCCCCAUGCCGUCAGAGAACGAAUACCUCAUCAAAGUCCAGACCGCAGCCUUUUCCCACGACGAGCUACGCCUAUCAAAGACCCUCAACCCGCCCAAAUCCAUCCCCCAGAUUCCUCUCCACAGCUUCUGCGGCACGGUCAUCAGUACCCCCAGCGCCGACCACUGGAGCCCCGACGGUCCUAGGUUCAAGGUGGACGAUGUCGUCUACGGCUUUAUCCAGCACACGCGCGACGGCGCAGCAGCGGACUAUGUCGUCGUGACAGAGAACGAGCUUGCAUACAAGCCAAAGAACAUCGGCGCCGCCGAAGCAGCCGCCAUCCCCCUGCCAGCUCUCACGGCCUGGCAAGCACUGUUCACAUACGCCGGACUCGACCCCAGCACCACCACGCACGACCAACGCCAUCCCGACCGGGUUCUCAUCACCAACGUUCUGAGCAACGACGUCGGCACCCACGCAUUGCAGCUCCUCCGGUCUAGAUCUCUCUUCCCAAACUUCCGCCCCUGGGUCUGCGUGACCUGCGACGCCGAAGACCAAGAGGAGCAACUGCGCAAAGAGUACGAAGUCGACGAGAUCAUCUUCGCUCCCUUGCCCCUACCGCAAGACUACGACCUCGGAGCCACCUUCCGCAAGAACCACUGGGACCCCGUCCACGUCGUGCUGGAUUGCGCCGGUGAGCAGAUGUUCCAGCAAGCUCACUCGCCGAAGGUGAUCAGAGAAGGCGGCACCGCCCUGACGGCCGUGGACUCCACGCCUGCCAAAGACAGAGACCCUCUUGAAUUAGAAGAUAUUGAAGGCUACCCGCGCAAGCACCGUGUGUUCAGCCGGUUUAUUGUCGUGAACCCGGACAGAGGGGCCCUGCAGCAGAUUUCGGAGCUGGUUGAGGCCGGCGAGAUUCAAGGCCGGGUGGAAAGCAUCAUUGACCUGAUCAAUGCCACGGAAGUGCUUUCUUGGGGUGCCGCGGGUGCGGCCGGAGGGCGACGCGGAGGUAUGAUGGUCAUCCGGGUGAAUAGUACAUAG